AUGGAAGGCCCCUUGCUGCAGUACAUAAAGAAAGACUGAGAGGAAGUGCUGUUCAUACAUUCUAUUCAAUUAACAAGAGUCGAUAUGGCAUUAAAGCUGCAGUUUUGCUUUCUUGUCUUGUUUGUACAUGAGUCCAUGAGUGUGUGGCAGAGGAAGACCGUGAUGGUGGGAGAAACACUGACCUUGACAUGUGCAAUAAAUGCUGGAGAUACAAGCAACGUGGAAUGGACAAAUCCCAGUGGAUUUGUUAUGUUCUUCAAUCACAAUAAAGCCUUAAAAGACAGUCGAUACAGCAUAGUCAACUUUUCCAAAAAAGAAUUUAAAGUAGCCGUGUCUGAUGUCAACUUCAAAGAUGGAGGCGUUUACACAUGUUUACAUUAUCAUCACAAGCACAAGAAUGUUGCAACUAAGAGGGUGAAUGUAAUAGUUUUAGGGACUCCAAAACUAGAAGUAACAAAAAAUAGAAAAGAAACUACCAUUAAAUGUUCUGCAGAGGGAAACGCCCAUCCACCCAAACUAUCAUGGCAGUUUGGAAAUGGAUUAGAAAUCCUAGCUCAGUCUAAUUCUGUGUUCGACCACAAAACACGUAAACACUCCUCAGAAGGCAGUCUUCACAUUAAGUCUUGGACGAAGAGCGUCACAGUGAAAUGCCUUGUCCGUCACCCAACGUUGCGUGGCCCAAAUCUUGAUCUCAACUCGGUUGAGAUCAAGAUUGAUGAGUUGGACACCAAUGAAGUCCCACACACCAUGAGACCUAGUACAGAAGGGGUGGCAAACACACCAGUAGAGAAAACAACUGAGAAAACAACUUUAUACUGGCCCGUAACAGAAGGAUCAACAGAGACACCAUCAGACAAAUCAACAUAUUCAACAAAAAUACCAAUAGUUACUGACUGGCCUACACCAGAGGGACCUCCCACAGCAUCUACAGGAUCAUAUGUUUCCACACAUAAUACCACACAGUCUGAAUCAGAGUUUACAUCUCAAAAUGAUACCAGCAGCUACUCUGCAAAUAUGAAAGGUUUCCUUCCAGCGUCAGAGACAACGCAAAACACAUUUCCUAAUGGAACAGGGGGGAACACCUCCAUUGAAAGAGGGUUUGAUGGCGUGAAUCGGCAGACAGGAAAAGAAGGGAGUACGCCAUUGCUUGUCUUGCUUGUGACAUGUCUAAUCUUCGGUUUGUUGGUGGUCGUUACUUUCUUUGGUAUCAGACUUAGAAGAGCACACAUUAUCUGGAAGAAAGAAAAUGAAGACUCAGAUCAAUCAGUAAAUAGCACCAAAUCAAAAUCAAGCCAUGAAGAAAAGCAUACCCAAAACCGAAGACACAGAGGACUUUUUAACAUUGGAUUCACAAAAUAUUCAGUCGAACCCAUUGAUGUGGCUGCAGCCUCACCUGUAACUACAACAGCAACAAGAGACAGCAAAACAGAAGAGGCUCCUGAAUCCCAUGCCAAGGAGACAGAAUUGUAGCUCAAUAUUUAUCCACAUACUAUAUUUAUACACUGUCAGUGAGACCGGAUGAGAUGUGGUAUAGCCUAGGCCAGUGUAUGGAGCAAUUCUAAAUCAUUCCUCAAGUUAAAUUUGAUAUGAAUGUUUUCAUGUUAUCUUAUUUUUGUAUUCUGUACUGUUUAGUAAAAAGUGUGUUUGAUAAGUUAAUUCUUGUUCACUUUUCUUGCAAAUGUUUUAGACAAAUGCACUUUAUUUGGAUAUAUCAAAUUAAACUGUCUGCAUGUUUCUGUUUGUAGAUAGGAGUUUCAUUAGGCACAAGAGAUAACGUAAUGCAGAUAGCUUA